AGAGGGCGGGCCGCGCCGCCAUCUUGCGGGAGGGCAGUCGGUGGCGCCUGCGUGCUGGCGCGGGGAGCUGUGCCUGCCCUCUACGGCGUGGGAGCGAUGGGGCUGGGGCAGAACUCCGGCGUGCGGGUUGAAUGGAUUGCUGCAGUCUCCUUAGCUGCUGGAGCAGCUGCUGUUGGGUAUCUGGCUUACAAAAAAUUUCUCUCUAAAGACAAAUGCUGCAAAGCAAUGGUGAAUCUCCAUAUCCAGAAGGAUAAUCCCAAGGUAGUCCAUGCAUUUGAUAUGGAAGAUCUGGGAGACAAGGCUGUGUACUGUCGUUGUUGGAGAUCUAAGAAGUUCCCGCUGUGUGAUGGCUCUCACACAAAGCAUAACGAGGAAACUGGCGACAACGUUGGGCCUCUGAUCAUCAAGAGGAAGGAGGCAUAGAGUGGACAGCAGAAGCUAUAAAACGAAUGUCUGACAAAUCCUCUGCUCACUUGUAAUUGGGGGAAAAACCACAAAUUCUUUGUCAUGUCACUGAAGACUUUCCAGUGUAGUAUAUACAUCAGGCUUCAGCAUGUGUAUUUUCUCGGAUGCUUGUCUUGUUUUAAUCACUACAAUGCAUAAUUUGCUAAAUAGUCAUGGUUUAAAUCUUUUGUCCUGUAAAGUGUGUGUACCCUCUCAUUGAGUAUGAAGCUAAAAUGACGCACAGAAUGUUCUUUGUCAGAAAAUAGGUAUUAAAUUAUUUUCAAAUACAUGUGUACUACUCUGAGGCUAUUCAGCAGAAAGUGUGUUCAAAACAUAGAUCUUAAAACUCUAGAGAGGUACUGAAGAUAUAGGUCUGGGUAAAUUUCUGUGUAAAAGGCAGUGGCAGGAAAGAAAUCAUGGUGCCAAAAUGCAGCUUAACCUUUGAUUAUGUUGCAUUUUCCGCAGGUGUCACUUUUGGCCUGUUACACUGCUGUUCUGUGUGGCUUCUGUAAAACAAAUGUAAAGCAGCAAACUAUGAACAGAAAACAUAAAAGGCUUAUAGCAAGAUGGGGCUAAAGGGCAACUUUACCUUUGAUUUUACAGCAGUGUUGAAACUUGACUCUACUGCCAUACGGUAUCAAGAACUAACUACCCAAAUGCAGACCUGUAUUUAGAGUAGGAUUAGGAAGAUGGUCUGUGUGAGGGCUUUCCUAACGGACAAGUGGAAUGAUACGAACUGCUCAGAGAGAGGGCAGGGUGGGCAGGGUUGUCUUUGCUGCUAGAAAGCCUUAGUUUCACUUGCUAUCUCUAGCAGUGAAGCUAACUUCCCCAGACCAGAGGACACUUCUGUGGGGGAGGUUAUGCUGGUUUAUUCCAGAAGCUAAAAUAAAAAACUAAAACCCCACCCAUCGUUACUGUCGGCUUCAUCAUUGCUCUGGCUGGUUCCGGAGGACUCUCCCCACUGUGGAGGGAGGAGGCACACCUUUCUUACUAAGUGGCCUUAGGCUCCAUGUGUCUUAACUAACUCCUGCCUCCCUGGGCUAACUGUUAAUGUGGUUCAGCUAAUUUUACCAAAAGAACUGACAGGGCAAGGAAAGGCUUGGAGGACAGCUAGAAACAAGGGGGGAAGGAAGGAUGAGACAAGGAGAGCUCUUAUCCCCCUUUUGUAUGGCACUUGUCUGCCUUGUCUGACACAGUUGCAUUAAUGGCUAUUGUGUUGGUUUCCAUAAAUUAAAUAGCUCUGAUUUAUUAACAUGCAAAUGACUACAAAGCAAAACCCAAAGAGUGGGGUGGCAGAGGGCAGUUUUGUAUUAAACAUUAGUGUAAUUGCAGCUUGUGUAAGAUGGAGCUCUUGAUGACCUGGGACAGAGAGACUACCUCAGAGCUAGAGGAAAGGCCUUUUCAUGAAGCUGACAUUUUAACCUGCACCCUUAAGGACCAGAUGAUCAGGGCAGCAGAGGUUUAAUUUCAUUUUUCUUUGAAGGGUGUGGUUGGUUGACAGGUUUAAGAUUGAAGAUGACGUUUUGCAUAAUCUCGAUGUGAGACUUUCAGCGGCUGAGGUCUUGACUGAGCGCUCUGAACUUUGGCAGAAGGCACAAAAAGUAGAGAAGGUGGCACAGAGGUAGAGAAGGAGGGAUUGCAGAGUGCUGCAGCGGGGGCAGCUACAGUCUGAGAGAGACCUCUGCUUGUAGAAGUUCCAGUCAACUAUAUUUAGUUUCUGUCUUCCCGUUUUGACUGUACAGGUACUUGAUAUUUUUUACUUGGCCAAGUACUGAUGCAUAUGGAAGUUGUUUUAACCUUAAAUUAUACAUUGCUUUUAUCUAAAAGGAAGUUAUUUCUGUAUUACUAGAACACGACACUGGGUAUUUCUGUAUUUUUGUCAAGUACACAUUUGAGCUCAUCUUAAUCUCGAGGUUGUGACGUCUGUGUUAUCUCAUGGCUGUGCUGUUUCUUUCAAGGGAUAGUUACACUGUGAGUAGUGCUGUAUGCCAACGCUGCUGUAAUCAAAAACCUGUGUCUGGGUUGGGUUUUCCUUCUGAGACUUUUCCUGUUAGCAGCAAAGUCUGGCUGCUCUUGAAGGAAUAAAAUGUCACUGAGAACUGCAUUCACGUUCUGAGAGAUGAAGCCCUGAAGUUUCAGAUUACUCUCCCUGACUCAUAAAACUAUUUCAUGGAGUUUGCUAAUAAAACAUUUCCCGGAGUUUGGGCAUCAGGGAGGUGGGGUCCAUAAGUUUUUGUUCCUGGGAAGCAAAGAUGUAGGAGCUGAGUCUUUGCUGAUUGCAUCCUGGUGAGUUUGUUUUGGACAAGCGUGUCAUUUAUAAAUGUUGACACUAAGUGGUUAAAUAUUAUUUUGAUGCAUGUACAAUUUUCUAUAUUGUACCUAAAAGUUCCUGUUACUCAUGUAUUUGAGCUGUUUGAACAUGAUAACAAAGAGAGAUACUUGAAUUUGAGUAAACAAACUCGCCAGCGGUCUUGACGAGCGUCACAGAGACCACUUCUUUUUUUUUUUUCCUUAGUGCCAUAAGAGGUUAUCAUGUUCUGAUAGUCUGACUGCAUGCCUGUUCCAGGGUUUUCUGAAACCUCUGUUCUUUAGUGCUUCCCUCAAUCUCUAGAAUAUGAGCGAAUUGGUUAGAUCAUUGCCAAGUUUCUAACCAUAAAAAAAUUCUUCUGCCAAUGUGCAAUUUUCACAUCACGUUGAAACUCCUACAUGAAAAUGUGUUACAAAUCCUUCAUAUUGAAGCAGUGAAGGAUUCCUGUCCCAGGGUAAAACUGUAUUUCUGUUCUGCGUUGUUAUUUUUCAACAUGUAAGUGUUCAUUAGGAAAGUGAACAAAUUAAAGUACUGAUUCUGUGGUAA